AUGGGAAAGACUAGGAAUCUCUUCAAGAAAUCAGAGAUACCAAAUGGAACAUUUCAUGCAAAGAUGGGCUCGAUAAAGGACAGAAAUGCUAUGGCCCUAAUGGAAGCAGAAGAUAUUAAGAAGAUGUGGCAAGAAUACACAGAAGAACUGUACAAAAAAGAUCUUCACGACCCAGAUAAUCACAAUGGUGUGAUCACUCACUUAGAGCCAGACAUCCUGGAAUGUGACGUCAAGUGGGCCUUAGAAAGCAUCACUAUGAACAAAGCUAGUGGAGGUGAUGGAAUUCCAGUUGAGCUAUUCCAAACCCUGAAAGAUGAUGCUGUGAAAGUGCUGCACUCAAUAUGCCAGAAAAUUUGGAAAACUCAGCAGUGGCCAAAGGACUGGAAAAGGUCAGUUUUCAUUCCAAUCCCAAAGAAAGGCAAUGCCAAAGAAUGCUCAACCUACCACACAAUUGCACUCAUCUCAGACGCUAGUAAAGUAAUGCUCAAAAUUCUCCAAGCCAGGCUUCAGCAAUAUGUGAACCGUGAACUUCCUGAUGUUCAAGCUGGCUUUAGAAAAGGCAGAGGAACCAGAGAUCAAAUUGCCAACAUCUGCUGGAUCAUGGAAAAAGCAAGAGAGUUCCAGAAAAACAUCUAUUUCUGCUUUAUUGACUAUGCCAAAGCCUUUGACUGUGUGGAUCAC